AUGUCCGCCAUCAAACAGUCCGCGCUUUACCAAGAGCUGAGUCCCCGCCUGCUCUUCAUCGGGUGCUUCGUCUCCCUGGGAGCUAUGGGCUUCGGAUUUGACAACUCUUGGUGGGGAGGCGCUCUUGGAUUAACGCCUUUUGCCCAGAAGUAUGGUUCCUGGGAUCCAUCCACCAAUGCUUGGAGUAUACCGUCUGAGAAACAGUCUGCUGGCACGGGCACUGGCUCCGCUGGUAUCAUUUUUGGUUGUUUGGCUUCGCCGUGGUUGUGCUCCCGCCUUGGUCGUAAGCCCACGCUGAUGGUUAUGGCGGCUGUGUUGUCUCUAGGAAUCGUUCUGGAAGCCUCUGCCGUGACUUCGUUCUGGCAGUUGGUUGUUGGUCGCAUCGUUGUUUACUCCGGUAUUGGUAUUGCAUCUAAUGUGGUACCGAUGUAUCAAUCUGAAUGUGCACCGGCCAAAAUUAGAGGUGCUUUUUUGACUGCGUAUUCAUUCUGGAACACCUUUGGUGGAUUCCUGGCUACACUGGUCGUCUACUUGUGUCAAAGUAUGAAGACUGAGUGGGCAUAUCUAACAGUGAUUCUAUGCCAGCUUACAGUUCCCGUUGGGAUUAUUCUCUCAUAUCCCUUUCUUCCCGAAACACCUCGGUACCUAGUCUACAGCGGACGCUACGAAGAAGCCGAAGUAGCGAUCAAAGAUCUGUAUGGCGCUCACUAUAACGCCGCUGAGGAAGUCCAACUGCUACGCCUACAAGUCGAGGAACAGCGCGAGCUCCAUCGCGCAACCAGCAUCAUGGAUUGUUUUCGAGGCACAAAUCUGCGGCGGACAAUCGUCGCUAUAGGCGUGCAGGUUCUACAACAAGCCCAGGGUGUCUCAUUCAUCAACAACUUUAUUGUCACUUUCAUGAAACAGCUUGGCUUCGCUGAUCCGCUCAAAUACAACAUCAUUGUACUUGCAUGUGGUCUGGUCGCUAACGUCUUCUCUUUCUUUACAUUUGAUAAGAUCGGCCGACGGAGCAGCAUGUUUACUGGCGCAUUCUUUAUGGCAGCGAUGAUGAUCGGUGUUGGCGGCACCACAGCUAAUGGUUAUAAGACACUUUCGCCAAUGACACAGAACGGAUGUGUCGCAAUGUUGGUCCUGUGGUAUGUCAUCUAUGCUCUGUCCUGGGGCCCUGGCGUGUGGAUCUUAGGCGGAGAGAUUGGAACCGGUCAGUUGCGCGAGAGGACUCUGCUCUUGUCAUCUCUUGGCAGUUUCGUGACCUCUGUCCCGAUCAAUUUCGUCAACCCGUAUGUUCAAGCCGAGAUUGGUGGCCGGACGGCAAUUAUCUACGGUAGUUUUUCCGUCGCUGCUAUGGUGUUUGUUUAUUUCUGGCUACCGGAAACUAGAGAUCGAUCGCUGGAAGAGCUUGAUGAGAUGUUCCAGCAGAAGGUCCCGACUGCCCAGUUUAAGGACUAUGUAUGCACUGGUAUUGGGGCACAGAUCAGGCAGCUGGAGAACAGAGAGGGCGAGGAGGACUUAAAGACUCGGCAGAUUGAACAUGUUGAGGCUGCUAUAUAG